UAUGACAGAGAAAAUAGGGCAAGCUGUUUUGCCGGAGCAGACGACAGAAAGUGAGCUCUUCCUUUUCUACAGGCUCUUCCAGAAAAACUCUGCAAACUCAGAAAAGAUAAAAAGAAGACUGAAGGAGGGGUAAAGUUCCUCGUUUACUGCCUUUCUUUCAGCAACAUGCCGGACCCUAAGCUGUGUCUGGAGGCUCUCUCAGCUCUCUCUGGCUGCAAUGUCGAGUCCACUACCGGAGCCUCCCAGCUCAGCCCGCAGGAUGUUGUCAACAUCGUGGCCCUAAAGGAGUAUUACAGACAGCAGGGGUUCAAACAGCUGGAGUAUCCCAGCUUAGGGACUUUAUCCCUGCAGGACAUGGACGAGGCGGACAUGUACAGCUCCCCCCCAGCGCUGACCGCAGGCCCUGAGCAGAGCCUCAGAACCACAGUGAAGAUAAACCCUGAAGACUUCUUUCAUCCGCAGUUCGACUACGACUUCACCAACAUAAAGGACGGCGACAAGACGUUCCUGCGUGGCAACGAGCAGUACGUUCGUCCCUGUGGGUGGAACCGGGUCGCCCUGCGCGUCAUCAAGAAGUACGAUGGCGGGGACGGUUGGCUAGGGACGGGGAAUGACGCCUGGCCCGUCUCCUACCAAGGAUACAACAUGGACGGCUCCCUUGGCAUCAUCCUGACUCAUGAAGGGAACCCCAAAGAUGAGCCGGCUUUUCUGGAUGCAGCUGCCGCCGCCGUGGUCGCCGAGGGCACCAGAGGCAGGGGCGCGUACUCCACACCGGACAUCAAGAUGGCGGAGAAGCACUGCAAGACAUUCAAGUCCAAAGUGGACGGGAAGACGUACAAAGUGGUUCUUCAGAACCGCAUCAACCCGGACAAAAGGGUGAAGUGCCAGAGAGAUAAUGUCUGGUUGGUGUACGUCCCGGAAGAAUGCAACGACGUCCAAAAGAGGGCCAUCGUGCAGGAGUCCAUCCGUCCGUACGGGCUGCUGCUGAAGGCGGCGUGAACCAGGAUACUUAUUAACCCACUUCUUUAGCAAAUUCUUCCUGACGUCUACUUAUUAUUAACAAUAAAACCUCACAAAAAAAUGAUUUCAUGGUUUUGUUUGUUGUUUUGAAAAAUCGUGUUUACUGGAACAACAUAAUGGAAAUGCCCAAGUAAACCACAAGUACCUCAACAAUUGGACCUAAGUACAGUGCUUGAGUUGCUCAAGCAAUUUUCAAUUUCCAAUUUGCUUUAAAACGCACAUUUUUUCUUAGGGAAUUUAUGUUGCUGUAUAUUGAGUUUUGUUUUUAAGAAGCUCUGCACAUAUCAGUCUAACUGAAGGACUAUGAUUGUAAGAUUGACGGUUGUAACUGCAGCAAGGUGUAACUGUGGAAAAACAAAAUUAGGCAAAAAGUAGAAGUGUUUAAAGCCCGUUGAAUCUGACAGGUUGACUUAUGCUGCCAUCUAUUGAUAUUUAGUCAUACCAAAAUGUAUUUACCUAGUUUUUAUUCCUUAUUGCACAUAACUGAAAUAUGAUGUCAACUUGUCUGUGGUGGUUUUAUUACUCUAACAGUACAUAUAUCAGGAAAUCAAAUGGCUUAAUCUGCACCAAGGCGAUGAUCUGGAUUUGAUUUAUUGCCACACUGGAUGAAAAUGUUGCUAUGAGUUAUGAUGGCACUGUACUGAUGUUUUUCAUAGCAUCAUUACUUAUUAUUCAUUGCAAUUGUUUGUAAUUUUAAAGAAUUCUCUCAUAGACUUUAUGAUUAAGUGUCUGUAGUCCAUUCAGCUGAAAGGACUACAGCUCCCUAAUGGAGGGCCAAUCAGUUCUUCCUGCUUCUCUUGCAUGUUUUUAAUGUAUGUGUGUACCAACAUAUGAAUGAAUCUAAAGGGAGAGAGUGUA